GAAGAGGCCUGCCUGGCUCCAGUCCUGUCUGUCAGGAAGUGCAUUUAGCAGGGCACCAAGCCUGCCCCCCUAAAAUCACUUAGGAAUGUUCUCCUUUGCUUGUGAAGUCACUUAGGUGUUCUUUGCUUGUGCAGGCAGUUUUCUGUUGCACCUGGUGUGGAGGCAGUCAAGGUCAGUCAGGGGUUUGCUCUGCCAGCCUGUCCUCUCUUCCCACAAUCUUUAGGCAGGGCUGGACUCAGUCAUUUUGAGCAAAUGCCACCUUCCCCUGUGAGUGACACGUCUUUAAAUUUGUUUUUAACUAUUUGCAGAUUGGAGGGGGAAGAAUGGGGAGGGGGUUAUUGCCAAAUAUGUUAAAUAUGGGGUUGGGUGUUUGUGUAUUUCCCCAGAAAUAAGGUAUCUUUUUUUUUCUCUCAAUCCAAAAUCAAGAAGGUGGGGAGAGAGGAGGGAGGCCGCAAGAAGCCAGGUGUGGGGAAAGUAAAAUCACUGUCCCAUUCUUGGCCCUGAACCCUACCAUCUGAACCCCUCAAACAUCCUCAGGAUUUUACAAGAGUGGGGAACCCCUCUCGUCAGAGAUCUGGGCAGGAUUAGGGGGCAGGUUGGGAGUGUGAUGGGUUGGGGUGGGAGGCAUGGGCCGGGGGCAGUUCUCUCCUCACUUGUAAACUUGUAGUUUCACAGAAAAACAAAAAAACAAAAAACGCAGUUUUGAAUAAAGAAAUUGCUUUUUUCCCUGGGUUUAGUUGAGAAUUCUUUUCAAAAACGUGAGAAACCCCAGAAAAAAAUAUUUUUCUCUCAUAAAGCCCCCCAAACAAGUGUUCCCCCUGAGUCCCCCAGCCUUGCCCUCAUCACACAGGCCCCAGGUUUCACCCCAGCCUCCUCUCCACAGGAAACAGCCAGUCCUGAACCCUGCUGCCUAGCAACCUUGCCUAGUCAAGAUAGGGGUCCAGUCCUCCAAGAGACAGCCCUCAGUGGACUGAUGGAAUACGUUGGGCCCUGGGGAUUACCCAAAGAGAUGUACUCCCCACCCCCAUGGAUGUGGUUGUGCCCAGAGGCUGGCAGUGCCCAGGGGUGGGGUGACAAUUGUUUCUCCUAGUACCUGAAGGACUCUUGUCCAAGAGGCACAAAUUCCUAGCAUUCCCUGUGACGGGACAGGACUGGAGAGAUGGGGGCUGGGGAGAGGGUACAAGCCCCACCUAGGGUGGUGGCCACAGCAGCGAGGGGCAGACAGAGCCAGGAAACUGGGACAGAAGCAGGAUGGUAGCAGCUGGAGCCUGGGUGCUGGUCCUCGGUCUGUGGGGGGCAGUAGUAGGGGAUCGAAACAUCUCAGCCCGGAUUGGGAAGCCACUGGUGCUGAACUGUAAGGGGGCCCCCAAGAAACCACCGCAGCAGCUGGAAUGGAAACUGAACACAGGCCGGACAGAAGCUUGGAAGGUCUUAUCUCCCCAGGGAGGGCCCUGGGAUAGCGUGGCCCGUGUCCUCCCCAACGGCUCCCUCCUCCUGCCAGCUGUUGGGAUCCAGGAUGAGGGGACCUUCCGGUGCCGGGCAACGAGCCGGCAUGGAAAGGAGACCAAGUCCAACUACCGAGUCCGAGUCUACCAGAUUCCUGGGAAGCCAGAAAUUGUUGAUCCUGCCUCCGAACUCAUGGCUGGUGUUCCCAGUAAGGUGGGGACAUGUGUGUCCGAGGGGGGCUACCCUGCAGGGACUCUUAGCUGGCACUUGGAUGGGAAAACCCUGACACCUGAUGGCAAAGGAGUGUCUGUGAAGGAAGAGACCAGGAGACACCCUGAGACGGGGCUUUUCACACUCCAUUCGGAGCUGAUGGUGACCCCAGCCCAGGGAGGAGCUCCCCACCCCUCCUUCUCCUGCAGCUUCAGCCCUGGCCUUCCACGGCGCCGAGCCCUGCACACGGCCCCCAUCCAGCUCAGCGUCUUGGAGCCUGUACCACUGGAGGAGGUCCAGCUGGUGGUAGAGCCAGAAGGUGGAGCAGUAGCUCCCGGUGGUACCGUGACCCUGACCUGUGAAGCCCCUGCCCAGCCCCCGCCUCAAAUCCACUGGAUCAAGGAUGGUAUGCCCCUGCCCCUCCCCGCCAGCCCUGUGCUGCUCCUCCCUGAGGUCGGGCCUGAGGACCAGGGAACCUACAGCUGCGUGGCCACCCAUCCCAGCCACCGGCCCCAGGAGAGCCGUGCUGUCAGCAUCAGCAUUACUGAAACAGGCGAAGAGGGACCAACUGCAGGCUCUGUGGCAGAGCCAGGGCUGGGAACUCUAGCCCUGGCCCUGGGGAUCCUGGGAGGCCUGGGGACAGCUGCCCUGCUCAUUGGGGUCAUUGUGUGGCACAGGCGGCAACGCAGAGGAGAGGAGAGGAAGGCCCCAGAAAACCAGGAGGAGGAAGAGGAGGAGCGUGCAGAACUGAAUCAGCAGGAGGAGCCCGAGGCAGCGGAGAGCAGUGCCGGAGGGCCUUGAGGGGCCCGAAGCCUGACCCCAACCAUCAGCUCCCUUUUCCUUCUCCCACCCUGUGUUCUGGCCCCAGACCAGUUCCCCGCUGUAUAAUCUCUACCCCACCUCCCCAGACUUUCUUCCACAACCAGAGCCUCCCACAAACUGCGAUGAGUAAACACCUGACACGUCUUGCCCCA